AUGGGAGCCGUCUUUCUCAGUCUUCUACUCGGCAGUCGCGCACGCACCAAGAGGGCAAAGCUUGCUGAGCGGCUGCCGGUUUCUGUCUACAGCCCAAACAAACGGCGUUGCAGCCGCGAGCCACAAGAUGUGUCUAGCGAUGCAGGGUCUGGUCAGAUGUGCGUCAUCUGCCAGGAAGACUACAUGGAUGGAGAAGCCGUCAAGACGCUGCCGUGCCAUCACUCCUUCCACGACGCAUGCGUUUCCCGUUGGUUGGUCGAGGAGAAGAGCAGCUGCCCACUAUGCAAAAGGCGCAUCGCUGCGUCAGCCUCCGACGAGGAAGAGGUUGGCGCUGACGUCUUCCUGUCACAUCGCGCUACUGCAGGGCAGGGCAGGGCUUCGCGCGAGCUGUCAUUUUCCCGCGAGUUCAGCACCACUUGGUAG